AGAUCCUGUAAAAAGAAGCCUGGUUGUUAUUCAGUGAGGGAUGGAAUCAUACACAGAGUUCUGGCUUUUAAUGUUCUUAAUACUUGCCUUGCAGAUAAUAUCAAGCUUCGCCACAGAAAAUUAUGCAGAACCCACAACAGCUGCUGUAGUGACUCCUGUUGUGACAAAUAAAGCUGAAGACAGACAAAAGAUAAUAGACGCACAGUACAAAUGCUUUGAGAAAAUGUAUAAAGAUCCUCCCUACAACAAAACAGGUCCUUAUUGUAAUAGAACAUGGGAUGGAUGGCUUUGCUGGGAUGAUACUCCAAGUGGAACCUUUGCAUCACAGAACUGUCCUAAUUAUUUCCCUGAUUUUGAUUCUACAGAAAAAGCAACAAAAUAUUGUGAUGAAGCUGGCAGCUGGUUCCGACACCCUGAAACAAACAGAACAUGGUCCAACUAUACACUGUGCAUUGCCUACACCAAUGAAAAAUUAAAGAUGGCAUACAUACUCUAUUACAUGGCCAUUGUUGGUCAUGCUUUAUCCAUAGCUUCACUUCUGAUUUCUCUUGGGAUUUUCUUUUAUUUCAAAAGCCUCAGUUGCCAGAGAAUAACUCUUCACAAGAACUUAUUUUGUUCCUACGUGCUAAACUCCGUUUUUACAAUCGUUAACCUCAUUACAGUUGUUAACAAUCCAAAGCUGGUGGAAAGUAACCCGGUUGGCUGUAAAGUGCUUCACUUUUUUCAUCAGUACAUGCUAGGAUGCAACUAUUUCUGGAUGCUGUGUGAGGGGAUUUACCUUCAUACACUUAUUGUGGUGGCUGUAUUUGCUGAAGAGCAGCACUUGCACUGGUAUUAUCUCCUAGGAUGGGGUUUUCCUUUGGUACCUGCAUCUAUUCAUGCAGUUGGCAGAACAAAAUAUUUUGAUGACAAUUGUUGGAUGAGUGUGGAAACGCACCUUCUUUACAUUGUCCAUGGGCCUAUUAUGGCAGCUUUACUAGUAAAUUUGUUCUUUUUACUUAACAUAGUGAGAGUCUUAGUCACAAAGCUAAGAGACACUCAUCGAGCUGAAUCAAAUAUGUACAUGAAAGCUGUGAGAGCCACCUUAAUUCUUGUUCCCUUACUGGGGAUUCAGUUUGUCAUCUUUCCCUGGAGACCAGAGAACAGAUUAGCUGGGGAAAUUUAUGACUACAUUAUGCACAUACUGAUGCACUACCAGGGAUUAUUAGUGGCAACUAUAUUCUGCUUUUUCAAUGGAGAGGUACAAGGGGCUCUCAGGAGACAGUGGAUGCAAUACAAAACUCAAUGGGGACAGCGCAGACGAGAGCAUUGCUCAUCACGGUCUACUUCUUAUACAGCAACAUCCAUUACGGAGGUCCCUGUGUAUCUUUAUCACCAUGAGUGCAAUAGUGAACAUUUGAAUGGAAAACAUUCAGAAGACUCAGAACAUGUUGCACUGAAAACAAAGGAAGCAUAUGCUUAAAGGAAAAAUAAAUGUAUACACAGUAUAUAUUUUUUACAUCUAGUACAUAUAAGCCACCACAGCAUAAAAUGCUUUUCCUACAAUAAAGCUCAUGACUAGAUGGGUUGAAGAUAAAGCAAGCCAACGGUUGAAAGAAUCUCUCCUUCAAGAAAUGACCUGUAGUAUAUCAUGUAAAAAAAAAGAAAUCUGUACAAGACUUCACGUUAGCAUUGUUUGAAACAUAAUUGAACUAAAGCUGCUAGUUUCAAGCUGAAAAGGGCUUCUACAGCAAGUCAAUGGUUGCAUUGAUACCAAAGGGUGUGUUGGGUUCACAGACUAGAACACUAGUUAUACUGAGCCAAACACAUAAUAAUUGUAAGAUAAUAAAAUAAUUAAUGGAAUUAAGAGUUUGGAAGAAAUUUGUUGGUGCCUACACCUUAAUUUCCAGCCACAGUGCAUCAUAUUAUUUGAUUAAUCUUUACACUAUAUAACAUCUUCUAUGUUAUACACACAAAUCGACUUAUCCAACCUUUCAUUGUAGAUCAUUAAAAAAAGGACAAUGUGAAGAGUUGACUGGGUUAAUGUGAUUGGUUGAUAGCUCAUCACAAGAUGGUAACCAUGCAUAAUAUGUUUUCAGACACAAUGUACAUUUCUUCCUGAUGUUACUUCCUAACAAUUGCAUUUGUAUCAGUUGUCUCCUAUUGCGCUCGUCAGGGCUGAAGCUGGCAAUGAUCUAAAUCUGUUUGUUGUAAACAUCUUUUAACUUCUAUCAAUGACUUUUAUCACUUAAAUAGACAAAAGGAGCUGUGAAUGGGUCUGCAGGGGCCAUCAGUGCUUACUGGCUUCUGUGUGUUUUCUGUACAUUUAUGUAUUUUCUUUUCAAAUUCUAUCUAUAUUAAACAUAAUUAUUUUAUUUAAA